GGAAGCCCCGACGCUUGUCCGCGGCUCCAUUCUCUCACUCCCAUCUGCGAAAAUGGCGUCUGUGACAGCUCGCCGUCUUUUCCUUUGUGGUCUCUCCCUGCUCAAUUUUCUGUUCGUCUUCGGAACCGGAGCAGAGUUCGUCCGUUUUAUCUCAUUCCGAGCGAUAUAUCACAACAUUACCGGAGGACCUCCGCUGUGUCGCGAUUCUGUGUCAUGGUCCACAGCCCUUCGCGAUGGAUCAGUGCUUAGGGCUGCGGGUGUGGAUCUGGCUCUUGUAGCUCUUUUUGCCGCCCAGCACAGCUUGCUGGCCUGGGCUCCCGUCAAACAGGCUCUCCAGUCCGUUUUUGGAGUUCUGAACCGAGCUGUGUACUGCACCAGCACUGCCCUGGCACUCCAGGUCUUGAUGCGAUGCUGGCAGCCAGUGACCAACGCCCCGUGUCUCUGGGCAGUAAGCACCAUUCCCUGGGACACGUGGUUUCCAUUGAUCUGCUUCACUCUUCAUUUCUUGUGUUGGGCCAUAAUCUGCAGCAUACUGUUAAUUUUUGACUAUCCCGAACUGCUGGGGAUUAAACAGGUUUAUUAUGAAUGUCUCGGCUUGGGCGACCCGCUGUCCCUGAAGUCACCUCGAGCCCAACGCCUGUAUUCCCAUCUUCGUCACCCCGUUUGCCUGGAACUUGCCGUGGUCCUUUGGCUGCUCCCUGCCCUGCCUCUGGACAGGCUCAUCCUGGCAGGGGGUCUGUGUACCUACUUGGGCCUUGCACACUCCCUGGACACACAGGACUGCGAGUACCUCAGCGUCCAGCUUCACAGCAAGCUGAACCUCUUCUCGAUGUCACCAGAAGGUCAGGCAGGGUCUACCAAUCACAAACAAGAUUGAAGUCUGUCUGUCCGUCUGGGAAGAGGAGACAACAGCAACUAUACCAGUCUAAACGUCAGGCCAUACAUAGUAAUUGGUAUUUCCUAUAUGAAAUAAACUCAGAAAUAGUGUGAUGGCUGUGUGAUUAAUAUCAGAAAUCUAUUCUACUAAAAUUAGUAUAAUCUGUGAGGCACAUCUCACAAGAUCACAGUAUUGGACACAAAAUGCAUCCCUUUGAAUGCAGAUCGUUUAUCCCAUGCAUGUAGAGCUACACUUAAUUUUAAGCAAUUUGUUCCCCAGCCAAUUACUUGAAACUGUAUUUUAUAUUUCAAGUCUUAAUGUAUUAAUGUAGCUAAUCAAAUGAGUUGCAGAUAAGUUUAUGCAGGACUCGCCAACUGGCAAGGAAAUGAUAAACUGCACACCAACAUGCAGCUGUGUGGCCGCCACUUUACAAAUUUAGUCAGUCAUUGAUGCAUCGAGUGACUCGUGUACAACAGAAAAACGUACAUGACUGAGUAUUUAAGAAUGAAAUUUGGGGCCUGUCCCUUUAAAGGAAGUGUAAGUGUCCCAGUCUGGUUUGGAGACAGUAGCCUCUGUGUUGAAGGUCUAAUAUAUUAAAUCUCCAAACUUGUCAGCAUUUGUGGUAGACUGAAGAUACUUGGCUUUUUCUCAAAGUGCUGUACUACUCUGAUUUGCAUCAAUCUGAUGGCUUCGAAGGCAGAAGAUGCAGUAACUGCAUCACUGGCUACACUCCAUCCUCUCGCUCCACCCCUGCUGCUGGGUGCGGUUUCAUUGGCUUCAAUCUGGAUGUUCAGGGCCAAUCAAGGGAAGGGAAUAUCGCAGCACAUCAGUACUCUGCUCCAUGGAUGAUUUUAUAUGUAACACAGGAAUUAAACUUGAAUUGCAGGACACAUUGUUGAAAUCUUUUAGGAAUUAUUAAGAAGUAAUAGGCUGAUACAAUGAUGCAACAUUGGGCUUUAAAUUGAACUUGAAACUUCAGUAGCGUCGCUGGAAAAUGAACACCUGUGUUUUAAAGUGUGAUUCUGAAGAAGAACUAGGAUGCAAUAGAAUGUUGUUGUUUUUUUUUAUUAAUUGUAACCUGUUCUUUGAAAUGAAUGUCCAUACUUUUUCUUCUCUUGCUACACAGUUUUAUACUACAUUGUUGUUUCAAUAUGAAUGCAAUUUUUAAAAUUUUAUUUUAAAAUAACAAUUGUCAUAAUUGUAAGGUGAAAUACAAGAGCAGCACCGUACGCGUGCAGCUUAAUGUCUGCAAACUGGCAGCUCAGUAACAUUAGUAACAGAUAUUACCAGCCUUUAUGGAGUUUAUGUGCCAUUAAUUUAAGCACAAUGCAAGCUUGUGCAUGUUACUAUAUAGUGUUUCAGGUCAGCACAGCAUGUAUUCGUAUGUAGCGUAGACACCAUUGUUGUGGCUUUGUCAGAAUUUAUUAAGAUGAAUUGAUUGUAUUGGCUGAUUUACAAAGACUUCUGGCUCUGUGGUAGGUGGGUCAAAAAUCGGCAUGUGUGUAUUAUAAGACCACCCAUUUGUUCUUGUGGAUUUUCUCAUUUUAAUCUGUCUCCAGAGUCUUCUUUGGUCCUCUCUGGAUUCUUCACCUGAUGCUUUAUUAUCCGUUUUGUCCCUGCCUGUUGACAGAAGAUGUAUUUUUUUUCCUCGUUGUAAUAUAUUACCUGAUCAGAGUCUUUUUCCUUUAGGGAAUUGGCCAGGAAUUCCACGCGUUUGUAAACCAAAUGCCACUUUUUCGUAUUUUGUAUGUGAUGCAUGUGCUGAAAUAAGAGCACAAAAUUAUACCAAUGUGCAUAAACGGGACAAAGUGAUGUUUCUAUGCACUAAUGAUUAAUUUUUACUAAGCGAGUCAUGAAUUUGCAGCUACACUGAGACAUUUGAUACAGUAUUUUAACUAUAAAAUAAUUACAAAAUGAUAGCAUUUGAGCUGUAUUUCUUUUUUUUAAAUAAACAAGAUUGAUAAAAA